ACAAUCGUCGCUUUGACUUUCGCACAAUAUGCGGCAAAACCAUUCUUCGAAGACUGUUCCCCACCCGAUUCAGCCGUAAAAAUUUUAGCGGCAGUUUGUUUGUGUUUGCUCACUGCCAUUAAUUGUUUAUCUGUCAAAUGGUCGAUGAAAGUUCAGGAUAUCUUCACUGCUGGCAAACUCUUGGCGCUAAUUAUGAUUAUUUUGGCGGGCCUAUACUAUUUGAUGUUGGGUCGCUUUGAGAAUUUCGAAAAUGCCUGGGAGGGUAAUUAUGAUGCGGCUAAUAUCGGAUUUGCUUUCUAUUCCGGUCUCUUUGCAUUUGGCGGUUGGAAUUAUUUGAACUUUGUGACCGAGGAGCUGCAGGAUCCAUACAAAAAUCUUCCACGUGCCAUUUGGAUCGCCAUGCCUUUGGUCACCGGCAUUUAUGUACUUGUGAAUUUGGCCUACUUUGUAGUGGUAUCAAAAACCGAAAUGCUCAGCUCGCUAGCAGUCGCAGUCACAUUCGGUAAUCGCGUUUUCGGACCACUCGCCUUCAUGGUGCCCAUAUUUGUAGCGCUAAGCACUUUUGGCGGCGUCAAUGGUGUACUCUUCACUUCGGCGCGUCUGUUUGCGACCGGCGCACAAGAAGGACAUUUACCAAAAUUUUUCACGCUAUUCCACAUUAAACAGCAAACGCCCAUACCAUCGCUGAUAUUUUCGUGCAUCACAUCACUGCUGACAUUACUCACUGCCGAUGUUUACAUUCUGAUCAACUACUUUAGCGCCAUGUUGUGGCUAUCAGUGGUGGCCAGCAUUGCUGGCAUGCUUUGGUUGCGACACUCCAAACCCAACAUUCCGCGGCCCAUCAAAGUGCACCUGGCACUGCCUCUAAUUUUCAUAGUAUGCUGUCUGACUCUGGUGCUUUUGCCCAGCUUUACAAAUCCCAUGAAUCUCAUUGUCGGUAUCGGCAUAACGGUAGCUGGCAUACCCUUCUAUUACUUGUGUAUAGCGCGAAGAAACAAACCAGCUUGCUAUGGUAAACUCUCACGUGGUAUGGUGAAUUUCUGUAGGGCUAUGUUCAAUACAGAGAUCAUUGAGAGUAGUGAAAAAGUUGAUAAGUGAAAGGCUCGAAAGCAAAAUGUAAUCGUAGUUAAUGAAACCUAGCGACAAAACCGAUAUUUUUAAAGGCAAUGUAUUAAAUUUAAGCGCAGGAAUAGUAUUGUAUUUAUAUCAUACGAAUAUAUAUAUUUUUUUAAUUUUUAAGUUUACUUCAUGCACUAAAUACUUACUUACAUAACUCAUUAAAACUUAACACAAACAUAUUUUGAAUAGAUAUAUGUACAGUAAUGGGCAAAAAUGGUCGAAUGAUGUUUACAUUUAAAUAUUUAUUCAAAAUGUUUUAAAUUUUAUUUUUUAAUAUUUUUUGUCCAUACUGUAACCAAAACCACAUAAGUGAAAGCUUUAGACUUUAUCUAAAAUUAAGACAAACCUAGAAAAUGUUAAACGAAAUUCCAUUGUGAUUUUUGCUUAAAAAUGUCUUGUUAAGAAAUGCACUUGUUAUACAUAUACACACAUAUAAAUGUAUAAAAAAAUCCGCAAAAGCAG